ACCCUUGUCUCGUACACCUCACCCUCAUACUCUCUCCAUCCAAACCACCUCAGCAGAGAGACAGCGAGCGCCACCGGAGGCAGAGCUCGCGCGCGCCAAUGGCAAGCACCAACAUGGCGUCUGCCACCUCGCGGUUCAUGCUGGCCGCGGGCGUGCCCACAGGCGGCAACGGCAGCGGGGGAGUGUGCGGCCGUGUCAGCUUCGUCUCGUCGUCCAACCGGCUGGGCAGGAGGCUCGUGGUCCGGGCCGAGGACGAGGCCGCCCCGGCGGCUGAGCCGACGCCAGCGGCGGAAGGGGAAGGCGCCGUGGCCACCAAGCCCAAGGCCGAAAAGCCGCCGCCGAUCGGUCCCAAGAGGGGCACCAAGGUGAAGAUCCUGAGGAGAGAGUCCUACUGGUACAACGGAAUUGGAAACGUCGUCACAGUCGAUCAGGACCCAAACACCCGCUACCCGGUGGUGGUGCGGUUCAGCAAGGUGAACUACGCCGGCGUGUCUACCAACAACUACGCCUUGGACGAGAUCCAGGAGGUGAAAUGAGGCCAGGCCCGCUCAAAGGUUUCGAGCUCCCGUGUGAUUGGCAGCUCGUGAAAUGAGGAUGUGAAGCUGCUGUGUUAGCAUCACAAAAUCUUGUGUAAUAGUUUAAUCUCUAUAAUCACGUGUAUUUGCUCGCUUCACCAUGGACUCAAUAAUCUCUUGUUUAAAAUUACUGUAUUCUUUCU